CUUCCCCCCUCUCUCUGUUUCUCUCAGCAGGGACUCGUUCGAGCGCGUGCUGGCCAGCGGGCUCAAGAAGCUGCCGUCGCAGUCUCCGCCGCCGGACUCGGUCCUGGCGUCCACGGCGCUGAUCAAGGCCAUCCGCCGCGCGCAGUCCGCGCAGAAGAAGCGCGGGGACUCCCACCUCGCCGUCGACCAGCUGCUGCUCGGCCUGCUCGAGGACUCGCAGAUCUCCGACUGCCUCAAGGAGGCCGGCGUGUCCGCGGCGCGGGUGCGCGCCGAGCUCGAGAAGCCGUGCACACCGGACGGCAAUGGCGCCGGAUUGGUCGUCGCUCCCGGGGGACCUCAUCAACCGCGUCGCCGAACGCCUCCUGGCCACCGACGACCUCGACUACUACAUGGACUUCCGCGCCGUCUGCCGCAGCUGGCGCUCCUCCACGACCGACCCAAGGAGCAACCCGCGUGACCCGCGCUUCCUGCCGCGCCAGUGGGUCAUGCUCGACGACGACGAGGUCCACCAGGAGACCGAUGCGCGCCUCUUCGUCAACGUCGCCACCGGCCGCUUCGUCCGCAGGGACCUGCCACUGCUCCGCAGGUAUUUCGUCAUCUCUGGCGCCGCCGGCGGCUCGAUCGUUCUCGCCAAGAUAGCCUUCCCGCACGCUGCCCGCGUCCUCAACCCUUUCACGGGCUCCUUGCUCCGGUUCGAGGCGCCUAUGCCUUACCAGAUGAUGGCCGCUGCUCCAGUCAUCAUCGGCUCUUCGCCGCCGACGCUCGUCCUGAUCUCCGAGUAUGCGGAAUCUGGUUCGAUCACAUGUGCUGAUCCUGACAGCGAACGUUUCAUCGAGUUCAAGGAAGAACGCUACAUUUAUCCUCCAAUCAAGUUGGCCGUCCGAGGCGCCAUAUACGUUGCCGCACAUGAGGGUGGAUCGUUGCCGUCGCUUCUUGUUCCUACGGUCAACAAGAUCCUUGAUGUAGCAUCUAAGCCGAUCAGGGACUAUUUUCCUGGACCAGAAGCAACCGAGAACCGUUGCUUCUUUGUAGAAUCUGCAGGAGAAAUGCUGAUGGUCUUCAAGAUGCCUCAUCGUAUCGAGGUCUUCAAGUUCGACGCCAGGAUCGAUAAGCUCGAACCAUUGAAGGAUUUGGGCUGUCGUGCCCUCUUCGUAGGGGAUCGCAGGUGCCUGGCUGUCGAUGCUGAAAAGCUCCCUUCUGUUGAAGCCAACUGCAUCUACUACGUCUUCGUCGAUGACGAAGAACCAUGGUACGAGUACCCGACAGCCUUGUACAAGAUCUACAGCCUCAAGGAUGAGAUUGAAGUGUGGUCCAGUGAAGUCAUGGACUCCCCGAAGGGUUCUCCACCUUUCACGGUCGUUCAGCUCCUCUGCAGCUACACCUUGGACGCCCGGGGCUCUGAACUUAUGAACUCCCCGAAGACGCGUCUUGCUCGCCUGGAGGAAUUUCUUGCCUAUGAUUCCAAAUCAGAAUAUAAUUGAGACGUCGUCGUUCAGUAAUCUACGCCUUGUUGAGGUCAGGACCUUGCCAUGAUAUAGUGAUUGCUGCUGGUGCUACUUACAGUGUCUCUUGUGACAGUUGAUGCAAAUGGGUUGGCUGCUCCUUUCUACCAAAGAUCCAGCUAUGGCAUUGUCGCCGUGCCUUUAUCGACAUAUAUUUAGAUCUAUAACUAACGGCUUGUAUGCCAAAGACCUUAUUUGCAGUAUUUUGGCUAAUGCCAGUUAAUGGUUUUUCAAGAACUACUGUAGUGCUUAAUUGUGUCCAUUGUCAUCGUGCUAUGUGUCAUCAGGUUUUGUGUUCGAUGUUGCCUCAACAUAAAUUGUUCGUUUGCUAGAUAUUACCAUGAACUAUGUUGCUUAAAGUCGCUAUAUGUUUCAGUAGGAUCUAA